CAGAGCUAAACUACACACUGCCACAACGUUUUUUUAAGUUUUUAAGUCCUUAAAAUCUACAGAAAUAUCUCCCUGCCGUGGAUCUUUGGGGUAAUAUCUGGAAUGCAAAUGGAGUUCUUUAAUUAAAAGUUGCUGAGAAAUCACUGGGAAUACAGGACUGACUUCAGAAAAUGGAAAGUGUUAACAACACAGUAACUCAAAACAGAGGAGGCUCAAAACAGGAGAAAUGUGACAAUUCUCCAUCAACAUCGAGUUCACAGUUUGUUUGUGGAGGAUGUCGAAUAAAACUCAGAAGGUUGUUGUUACCUGUGAAUUAUAAAGAAGAAAUUGUAAAACUGCUAAAACUGGCUGGACCAGUGUUUAUAUCUCAGCUGAUGAUCUUUCUGAUCAGUUUCGUCAGCACUGUGUUCUGUGGACACUUAGGGAAAACUGAACUGGCCGGAGUAGCUCUGGCUACUGCAAUUAUUAACAUGACUGGCCUCUCCAUUGGCUCUGGAUUGGCAUCUGCAUGUGAUACACUCAUCUCCCAGACGUUUGGGAGUAAUAAUCUGAAGCGGGUGGGUGUGAUACUGCAGAGAGGGAUUCUCAUCCUCCUGUUGGCCUGUUUCCCCUGCUGGGCACUCCUCAUUAACACAGAGCCCAUCCUACUGGCUGUCAGACAGAGCCCCAGUGUGGCCAGUCUUACACAACUCUAUGUAAAAAUAUUCAUGCCUGCACUACCUGCUGCCUUUAUGUAUCAGAUUCAAGGAAAGUUUCUUCAAAAUCAGGGUAUUAUUUGGCCUCAGGUCAUCACAGGAGCAGGUGGGAAUGUCCUCAACGCUUUAAUAAACUACAUCUUCCUUCAUCUGCUUGAUUUUGGUGUUGCAGGAUCUGCUGCUGCAAACACCAUUUCUCAAUAUUCAUUGGCUGUUUUUCUCUAUGUCUACAUCCGCUGGAGGGGCCUGCAUAAAGCCACUUGGGACGGUUGGUCUCGUGACUGUCUGCAGGAAUGGGGUGCCUUCAUCCGUUUGGCUCUUCCCAGCAUGCUCAUGCUUUGUGUGGAGUGGUGGACAUAUGAGAUUGGUGGAUUCCUGGCAGGACUCAUCAGUGAGGCUGAGCUGGGGGCCCAGUCUGUUGUUUAUCAGCUGGCCAGCAUUACGUAUAUGUUUCCUUUGGGAUUUGCAGUGGCAGCCAAUGUGAGGGUGGGAAAUGCACUUGGAGCUGGAAACACAGAAAAGGCCAAACUGUCUGCCAAAGUGUCUUUAGUUUGUGGACUACUUGUAUCCUGUGUGAUUGCAACCAUUAUUGGAAGUACGAACAGCAUUAUUGGUUACAUCUUUAGCACAGAACAGGAAAUUGUGCUCAGAGUUUCAGAGGUCAUGAUCAUGUAUGGCUUCGUUCAUCUAUUUGACGCCAUUUCGGCUAUUACAGGUGGCAUUGUCAGAGGUGCUGGGAAGCAAUUGAUUGGUGCUCUUUGUAACAUUGUGGGAUACUAUUUUGUGGGAUUCCCAAUUGGAGUGUCGUUGAUGUUUGCUGUCAAUAUGGGCAUAAUUGGUCUGUGGAUUGGGUUUUUUGUAUGUGUCUUCAUGCAGUCUUUGUUCUUCAUCAUCCUCAUUUGCAAACUGGAUUGGAAGAAAGCAACUCAAGAGGCCUUGGUCAGAGCAGGUGUACAAGCUCCUGAGAACAAAGGUGAAUCUAUGGAAAACAAGGGCUGCACUGAAGGUACAGACUUACCACAGGAGUCCCAGCACGUUGAAGAAGACCAGGCAAAUGCAAACCCAGACCUGGAGCGGCUAAGUAUAGUAGAAGGAGGAAUAACUGAGGCUGUUGCAUGGGUAACCAUUGGAGACGUCUUGACCACUAAACAGCUGGUUGUCCGUCGAGGGCUUGCAGUUCUUAUCAUGCUGCUCAUACUAGCUGGAGGGAUUGUGUUAAAUGAGGUGCUCACUACAUUUCUCAGAUAA